AGCCAGCUCUCUUCGCGGACUCACUGCAACGGAGAGACUAAAGAUGAUUCCGUUUUUACCCACAUUUUCUCUGCUCUUGCUGUUUGCUGUUAACCCUGCAAAUGCCAAUGGUCAUUAUGACAAGAUCUUGGCUCAUAGCCGUAUCAGGGGCCGGGACCAGGGCCCAAAUGUCUGUGCCCUUCAACAGAUUUUGGGCACCAAAAAGAAAUACUUCAGCACUUGUAGGAACUGGUACCAAGGUGCCAUCUGUGGAAAGAAAACAACCGUAUUAUAUGAAUGCUGCCCUGGUUAUAUGACAAUGGAAGGAAUGAAAGGCUGCCCAGCAGUAAUGCCUAUCGACCAUGUUUACGGUACUCUGGGCAUCGUGGGAGCCACCACAACACAGCGGUAUUCCGAUGUCUCCAAACUGAGGGAGGAGAUUGAAGGAAAGGGCUCAUUCACUUACUUUGCACCAAGUAAUGAUGCCUGGGACAACUUGGAUCCUGAUAUCCGUAGAGGUUUGGAAAAUAAUGUUAAUGUUGAAUUAUUGAAUGCUUUACAUAGCCACAUGGUUAAUAAGAGAAUGUUGACCAAGGACUUGAAAAAUGGCAUGAUUGUUCCUUCGAUGUAUAACAAUUUGGGGCUUUUCAUUAACCAUUAUCCUAAUGGGGUUGUCACCGUUAACUGUGCGCGAAUCAUCCAUGGGAACCAGAUUGCAACAAAUGGUGUUGUACAUGUGAUUGAUCGUGUCCUUACACAAAUUGGGACCUCGAUUCAAGACUUCAUUGAGGCAGAAGACGACCUUUCAUCGUUUAGAGCAGCUGCCAUCACAUCUGACAUAUUGGAGACUCUUGGAAGAGACGGCCACUUCACACUCUUUGCUCCUACUAAUGAAGCGUUUGAGAAACUCCCACGAGGUGUCCUAGAAAGGAUCAUGGGAGACAAAGUGGCUUCUGAAGCUCUCAUGAAAUACCACAUAUUAAACACUCUCCAGUGUUCUGAGGCAAUUAUGGGAGGAGCAGUCUUUGAGACCCUGGAAGGAAACACAAUUGAGAUAGGAUGCGAUGGUGACAGUAUAACAGUAAAUGGAAUCAAAAUGGUGAACAAAAAAGAUAUCGUGACAAAUAAUGGCGUGAUCCAUCUGAUUGAUCAGGUCCUAAUUCCUGAUUCUGCCAAACAAGUUAUUGAGCUGGCUGGAAAUCAGCAAACCACUUUUACUGAUCUGGUGGCCCAACUAGGCUUGGCAUCUUCUCUGAGGCCAGAUGGAGAAUAUACGUUGCUGGCACCUGUCAAUAAUGCAUUUUCUGAUGAUACUCUGAGCAUGGAUCAGCGCCUUCUUAAAUUAAUUCUGCAGAAUCACAUAUUAAAAGUGAAAGUUGGCCUUAAUGAACUUUACAAUGGACAAAAACUUGAGACCAUCGGAGGCAAACAACUCAGAGUCUUCGUAUACCGUACAGCUGUCUGCAUUGAAAAUUCUUGCAUGGUAAGAGGAAGCAAGCAAGGAAGAAAUGGGGCUAUUCACAUAUUCCGAGAGAUCAUCAAACCAGCAGAGAAAUCUCUCCAUGAAAAAUUGAAACAAGAUAAACGCUUUAGCAUCUUCCUCAGCCUACUGGAAGCUGCAGACUUGAAAGAACUCCUGACACAGCCUGGAGAUUGGACCUUGUUUGUGCCAACGAAUGAUGCCUUUAAGGGAAUGACUAAUGAAGAAAAGCAAAUUCUAAUUAGGGACAAAAAUGCUCUACAAAACAUCAUCCUUUAUCACCUGACACCAGGAGUUUUCAUUGGAAAGGGAUUCGAACCUGGCGUAACUAAUAUCCUGAAGACCACACAAGGAAGCAAAAUCUAUCUGAAGGGAGUAAAUGAUACACUUCUAGUGAAUGAAUUAAAAUCCAAAGAAUCGGACAUCAUGACAACGAAUGGUGUGAUUCACGUCGUCGAUAAACUCCUCUAUCCAGCAGAUACACCCGUUGGAAAUAAUCAACUGUUGGAAAUACUCAAUAAACUGAUCAAAUAUAUUCAAAUAAAGUUUGUUCGUGGCAGCACUUUCAAAGAAAUCCCCAUGACAGUCUAUACAACUAAAAUUAUAACCAAAGUUGUGGAACCAAAAAUUAAAGUGAUUGAAGGCAGUCUUCAGCCUAUUAUCAAAACUGAAGGACCUACAAUAACAAAGGUCAAAAUUGAAGGUGAACCUGAAUUCAGACUGGUUAAAGAAGGUGAAACAGUAACUGAAGUGAUCCAUGGAGAGCCAAUUAUUAAAAAGUACACAAAAAUCAUUGAUGGUGUGCCUGUGGAAAUAACUGAAAAAGAGAUACGAGAAGAACGAAUCAUUACAGGUCCUGAAAUAAAAUAUACUAGGAUUUCUGCUGGAGGUGGAGAGACAGAAGAAACUCUGAAGAAAUUAUUGCAAGAAGAGGUCACCAAGGUCACCAAAUUCAUGGAAGGUGGUGAUGGUCAUUUAUUUGAAGAUGAAGAAAUUAAAAGGUUCCUUCAGGGAGACACACCUGUGAGAAAGGUACAAGCCAGCAAAAGGAUUCAAGGAUCUAGAAGACGAUCAAGGGAAGGUCGUUCUCAGUGAAAAUCCAGAAACCAGGCAAUGAAGUUGACACAACCCCUAAGUCAGUAACCUGACCAUUAAGGAAAAUUACGAGACCAAUAUUGACUUCAGAAACUGAAAUGCCAACACAAUUCUAAACAAAAAUUUAAUAUUUUCUUUUUUUAAAUGAGAAACGUAAGAGAAUUUGUAAGGUUAGUCUCUUAUGGGAUAGGAACUGAAGGCUUUUUUUUUAUCUGGACAUUAGGAGUUCUGGCUAACCAAAGGAACCAGAUUCAUUACAAUUCAGAUCUAAGAGUGGUGAGUUGUUUAUCUCAUUGAGAAGAUUGAGCCUUGAGUACACACAAUGGAUAAAUAAACAUGUGCAAGCAGUUACCUCCCCAUGGGAAGCUAAAUUAUAAAAAUGGGUGCUCAGUAAAGAACAAAACUUUUGCAUGAGAAAGCUUUGCACAUUUCUAAUACAAUGUGGGUUUACUGGUAAAUUAUGUUACUUUUAGAACUAAUUUUGUACUCUCAAAAUGUUUGUCAUAUGCUUUUUGCAAUACAUAUUUUUUAUCUCAAACAUUUCAAUAAACCGUUUUUCAGGUAUAAAGAGAAUUACUUCAAACUGGGUAACUCAGACAAUUCAAGGUUUAAGUUAAAAAGUGGUUUGGAGUUGGGAGCAAGACUUUAUACCUCUUUUAUUAUAACAAAUAUUCAUUAAAGGAAACUGAAUAAAAUGGA